AUGCCUCCGAAGCGAAAGGCAGGCACCAGCGCCGCGCAGGGAGGAAUCAAGGCUGGCCGGUCCUCACGCAUAUCUACGCCCGGGGGCACGACGCCCCGCAGCAUCGAUAGCGGCGACGAAGUAGUGGAAGAGGACGAUGCGCCCGUCGACGAGGAGCUGGAGCAGGAGAUCGACAAGAACAUAGAUCGCUUCUCGCUGGGGCGAUAUCAGAAGAAGCACCAUAUCCGGGAGCCUCUCCCGCACAUCUUCGGCAACAACGAUUUCUCGUACCUCGAGCUCAAGAAAGAUCACAGGAAUCGGCCGCUCUGGAUCGAUCCUCAGAAGGGGAGGAUCAUCCUGGAGAGCUUCAAUCCGCUGGCGGAGCAGGCCCAAGACUUCCUCAUCACCAUUGCCGAGCCCCUGUCUCGCCCGACGUUUAUGCAUGAAUAUGCCCUCACUACGCACAGUCUCUACGCCGCGGUUUCCGUCGGCCUGUCGCCCAAGGACAUCAUCAACACCCUCGAUCGCUUUCUCAAGACGCCGCUGCCAGAAGAGAUCCAGUCCUUCAUCGAGAGCUGCACCCAGAGCUACGGCAAGGUCAAGCUCGUCCUGAAGAACACAAAGUACUACGUCGAGAGUCCGGAUCCCAAUAUGCUGCAGAUGCUGCUCAAGAACCCCAAGAUUGGUCCUCUGCGCGUUCAGGGGACCGAGGAAAUCACUACAUCAGCCGCGCCCAAGCUCGGUAGUCUCGUCAUUCCCGGUACGAAAAAUGCUGCAGGUGCCAAGCAGGCGAAUGGACUGCAGCCAGCCAGCGGCGAGCCGCUGAGCGACGGCCAGUCAGCCUUGCCAGCAAGUGAAAUUGGGCCUCGGCUCGGCGAGGAGGAUGAUGACGACCAAGAGGUGACGCACGCCUUUGAGAUUGCCGAUAAAGACGUUGAGACGGUGCAGAAGGAGUGCCUCAACCUGGGAUUCCCGGUCCUUGAGGAGUACGACUUCCGACGAGACGAAGUAAACGCGACGCUCGACAUCGAUCUGAAGCCCGGCACUCAGAUUCGUCCGUAUCAGGAGAAGAGCCUUAGCAAAAUGUUUGGAAACGGACGUGCCAAGAGCGGCCUGAUCGUGCUGCCCUGCGGCGCUGGAAAGACGCUGGUCGGUAUUACUGCAGCGUGCACGAUCAAGAAGGGUGUCAUUGUGCUGUGCACGAGUUCCAUGUCCGUGGUGCAAUGGCGAAACGAGUUCUUGAAAUGGUCCAACAUCAACCCGGACGAUAUUGUCGCCUUCACGUCCGACUCCAAGAACAGCGUCUUCACGGGAAGCACCGGCAUCAUCGUCACGACCUAUUCCAUGGUCACCCAAUCGAGGGCCAGAUCGUACGACGCCGAGAAGAUGAUGAGGUUCCUCACCGGCCGAGAAUGGGGUCUGAUGCUUUUGGACGAGGUGCACGUUGUGCCCGCCAACAUUUUCCGAAAGGUCACAUCUUCCAUCAAGACGCAUUCCAAACUGGGCUUGACAGCCACGCUGCUUAGAGAGGACGACAAGAUUUCUGAUUUGAACUUCCUCAUUGGGCCAAAGCUCUUCGAGGCCAACUGGAUGGAGCUGUCCAAGCAGGGCCACAUUGCCCGCGUUCAGUGCGCCGAAGUGUGGUGUCCAAUGCCCACCGAGUUCUACGACGAGUAUCUUCGGGCGCCAUCGCGCAAGAAGAAUCUGCUCUACAUCAUGAACCCGCGCAAGUUUCAGGCCUGCCAGUACCUAAUCAACUAUCACGAAUCCAGGGGCGACAAGAUCAUUGUCUUUUCGGACAACGUGUACGCUCUGAAAGCGUACGCCUUGAAGCUGGGUAAAGCGUUCAUCUACGGUGGAACCGGCCAGGCGGAACGACUGCAGGUGCUGGAAAAUUUUCAACAUAACCCCCAGGUCAACACUCUGUUCCUAUCCAAGAUUGGAGACACGUCGUUGGAUUUGCCCGAGGCCACCUGCUUGAUUCAGAUUUCAUCGCAUUACGGUUCCCGACGUCAAGAGGCGCAGAGACUGGGCCGCAUUCUGCGGGCCAAGCGUAGGAAUGACGAGGGCUUCAAUGCGUUUUUCUACUCGCUUGUCUCCAAGGACACGCAGGAAAUGUACUUUUCGUCGAAGCGCCAGGCCUUUUUGGUUGAUCAAGGCUACGCCUUCAAGGUUAUCACCCAGCUGGCAAACAUUGAGAAGACGCCUGGCCUGGCCUUUGCAACCGCUGCUGAGCGCCGCGAGCUGCUGCAGAAGGUGCUGGUUGAGAACGAGACGAUGGACGAUGAAGACAUCACGGACGACUUGUUCCACAGCGGAACAAUGGGCCGGAAGAAGAAGAAGGGAGCUGCCCGCCGCACCGCAGGCACUCUGGGCGAGCUCAGCGGCGGCCAAGACAUGGCCUACAUUGAGCAGAAUAAGAAGAUGAAUGUCAAAAAGGGAAAGAAGGAGAGCAGUGCGUUCUUCAAGAAGAUUGGGCGAGAGAAUGCCAGGCGCGCUGCCUUGGGCUGA